AGGGGGGCGGAGGCUGGGCCGCGGCGGGCGAGAGGAGCGGCGCGCCUGUCCGGAGCUCGGCGGCGGCGGCGGCGCCGGAGGCGGCAGAGGCGGCGGCGGGCCCGGACGAGCGCCCGGAGGUGGCGGACGAGGCGCCGGGGGCCCCCAUGGGCGGGUGUGUGGGCGCCCAGCACGACUCCUCGGGCAGCCUCAACGAGAACUCGGAGGGCACCGGAGGUAGAUAUAAGCUACAAGCUACUUAUAACAUUGCUAAACUAAAUCAAUACCUGUCCAGAAGUUCAGACUGGAGCACUUUCGCUUUAGGUCGUAACCAGCCUUUGAAAAAGGAGAAACCCAAAUGGAAAAGUGAUUAUCCCAUGACAGAUGGACAACUACGCAGCAAGAGAGAUGAAUUUUGGGAUACCGCACCAGCUUUUGAAGGCCGUAAAGAGAUUUGGGAUGCCUUGAAGGCUGCAGCACAUGCUUUUGAAAACAAUGAUCAUGAACUGGCACAGGCAAUCAUUGAUGGUGCGAACAUAACGUUACCACAUGGUGCACUUACAGAGUGCUAUGAUGAACUGGGGAAUAGGUAUCAGCUUCCAGUCUACUGCUUGGCACCACCAAUCAACAUGAUAGAGGAAAAGAGCGACAUAGAGACUCUGGAUAUUCCUGAGCCACCGCCCAAUUCGGGGUAUGAAUCUCAUCUCCGUUUGCGCCUUUCCACCGGCAAGGACCUCAAACUUGUGGUCCGCAGCACAGACACAGUGUACCACAUGAAGAGGCGGCUACAUGCAGCAGAAGGAGUGGAACCGGCUAGUCAGCGGUGGUUCUUUUCUGGCAGACCUCUCACCGACAAAAUGAAGUUGGAAGAGCUGAAGAUCCCAAAGGACUAUGUUGUACAGGUUAUAAUGAGCCAACCUUUGCAAAACCCAACACCAGUUGAGAACUGAACUGGUCCUGCUGGCUGUCCCUAGAUCCCUCCUGCUCCUUUUUAUUGUUGUUGUUAUCAUUUCCUACUCUAUGGCGUGAAAUUUAUUUUCACUGCUCUGAAUUCCUUAUGAAUGGAUUUAGUUCUGAGGAAUUACCAGUGAAAACUUCCAUCUGUGAUGGAGACCAACGAAAAUAAUUAAUAAAACACAAAGAGCCAGCCUUUGAGA